UUCAGUAUCUAAUUGUACAUCUUUAGUUACUGUCAGUAUAUUCCUACACCGCCUGGAUGAACUCAAGCCACUGGUGCUUAGCCUAGAAUCAAUCCAUCGGCAUUUACACAGCGAUCUCCCAACAGAGAGCACAUCACAAUGGCAGCUCUGAAGCUAAAAAAAUUCAGCAUGGAGGAGGAGACAAACAUGCAAGAACAUAGGACUGAUUAUUACAACAGCAGAACGAUGGUGCUGAGAAGAGGGCAGGAAUUCAAGAUAACACUUCAAUUUAACAGACCCAUCCAAAAAAAUGAGCAGGUGGAAUUCUAUGUUGCUACAGGUCCAAACCCUACGGAAGAUUAUUAUACUCUAGCUGUAUUUCAGCUCUCCAAGUCAAGAAGUAACACUUACUGGACAGCUACCACAGACUCACUUGCCUCCUCUAUUGUGAAUGUCACCAUCAGUAGUCCAGCAGAUGCACCGAUUGGUCUUUACAAAACAAGCCUCCAAAUAUACUCCAAAAAUAGGAAGAGCCAUUCCAAACUCCAUGAUUUUAUAUUAUUAUUUAACCCAUGGGCUACAGAUGACGUUGUCUUUAUGGAAGAUGAAAAUGAGAGGCAGGAGUAUGUUUUGAAUGACAGCGGCAUCAUUUAUUAUGGAGACAAAGACUCCAUUCAAGAAAUGGGAUGGAGCUUUGGGCAAUUUGAAGAUGGAAUUUUGGAGACAUGUCUACAAAUAUUAAACAGAAGUUUAAACUAUAAGGAAGAUAAGACCCUGGACUCUUCAAGACGAGGUGACCCUGCUUAUGUGGGUAGAGUGCUCAGCGCAAUGAUAAAUAGCAUUGAUGAUAACGGUGUUGUGGAAGGAAACUGGGAUUCUCGGUACUCAGGUGGUGUUGAUCCUUUGUACUGGAACGGGAGUGUUGAGAUCCUUACCAUGUGGCGUAAACGAGGAUAUAAGCCAGUUAAAUAUGGGCAAUGCUGGGUAUUCGGUGGAGUCUUCUGUACAGUUCUCCGAAGUCUGGGAAUUCCAACCAGAGUGAUUACAAACUUUGUUUCUGCUCACGACAAGGAUUCAAAUUUGAGUAUUGACAGCAUAUAUACCAGUUCUGGCAGAUCGAUGGGUAAAGACAGUCUGUGGAACUACCAUGUUUGGAAUGAAAGCUGGUUCACGAGAAGUGAGUUAGGUGAAAGCUAUGGAGGAUGGCAGGUACUGGAUGCAACACCACAAGAAAUAAGUGGAGACACUUACUGUUGUGGGCCGGCUUCAGUACAUGCCAUUAAAGAAGGAGACGUUGACUUGAGCCAUGAUGGACCCUUUAUCUUCUCAGAAGUGAAUGCUGACCGUAACACCUGGAUCUACUAUGACAAGGAUGUGAAGGAGAAAGUGUACACCAACAUUGAGUUUGUGGGAAAAAACAUGAGUACAAAGGCUGUAGGAAGCGAUGAAAGAAUAGACAUAACAGAAAACUAUAAGUACCCAGAAGGAUCACCUGAGGAAAGGGCCAUUUACCUGAAAGCGCGUGAAAAGCUGAUAAAAAUGGGAAUCAUUAAUAAGGAUGGCCAUAACAAAAGAGGCAUUGCAAAGAAACGUCGCAAAAAGAGGAACGGUGAAAUUGAUUUUGAUGAAGCUGAAACUGUGGAUGAAAAGCUAGACAUUGGAGGAAAGUUUGAGCUGACAUCAUCCACGGCAUUUGGCGAUGACAUAAGUGUAACUCUAACCCUGACGAAUACUGGCACAAAGUCUCAGAACGUAAACGUAAAAUUAAGCUCAUCUUCUAUUGAGUACACUGGCAAGCCGAUAGCUGAAUUACUUUCAGAUCAGACAUCUCUCACACUGGCGCCUAAGAAAGAAAAAAAAAUCCCAGUGAACCUAUAUGCCUCACAAUAUGAAGAGGAAAUCAUAAACCACAAUCUUAUUGAAGUUGUUGCUUUGUGCAUAUUGAAAAGUGGAAAGAAAAUGCUUAUUCGGAAAGUACUGUUUAUUGAAAGACCUCCCCUGAAAAUUCAGAUGUUUGCAAAUGCAAUAGUAAAUCACCCUGUGGAAGUGGAAGUUACUUAUACAAAUCCUUUAUCUACCAAACUGAGUGAUGGAGGUUUGUCUAUUGGAGGCAGCGGCUUAGUGAAGAAAAAAAUGAAGAGAAAAGUUCCAGAGCUGGGGCCCAGAGAGACACGCACUGUGGUGAUCGAAAUUACUCCUUCAAGAACUGGCACAAAGAAGCUUGUGGUGGAUUUUACUUCCAAACACUUUUCAGCCAUUAAGGGUUUCCAUACCAUAAAUGUAACAGAUGUAGAUGUAGAAGCCGAUGACGAAUUUGACGAAUGAAAUAGUAACUGGCACCCCAAUGUAAGCUCUGCUUACAUUGACCUUCUGACAUUGACCUUUGCUAUUCUUUUUUGUGAUUUAAUUUAAUGCCUUGUACACACGGUCAGACUUUUGACCAUGCAAGUCCACCGUGAGUCCAUCGGA